AUGGACUUCGUGUGCUGGCUUAGGGAUAAACUAUCCCCACUGCUCCCCACAGACUUUCGCAAUUUGCUCCUCACACGUAUCGAAAUAAUUAAUCAGGUGAUGCAGGAUAUACUCCCGGCAGAUGAAAUGAGACCAGAAGAUGUGAUUGCGAUGUUUAAAUUAGAGUGUGAUAAGGAUCCAAGAAUUUGGGAUUUGCCGUCUGUGGAUAUCUGUACGGUACCGGACUGCUUGGGCACCCUCCUAUCCGAUCUCGAUCACAUCAGCUCCGGCCGCAGAAGUGAAGGACUAGUCCGCUGUCGUCUGAACCUCAUUCUCUUUAAUUGUCUCGCAGUAGAGGAACGAUAUCGUAAUGCCGUCGCGGCACAUGCGUCUAUCAUCGCUCCUGACUUUGAAACACUUCCUGGACAAACAUCGCCAACACUACCUUCUUCCUGUUACCCCAUAGGACCGGAGAAUGUGCGUUUGAGUGUGGAGACGGCAUUUACCAAUGAGGUGGAGUAUAAUAGGCGCGCACGCUUACUCUAUGGUACAGCAGAUUUCGCACUCUGGUAUGGGUCCGUAGAGGAGAUGUCAACAAAUAUGGUAGUGGUGGCUGUGAGCGGGGAGACCACGGCCCGCCAGGGGGAAGGGAAAUGUUUGGCACUUAUGAGUAUCGUACAUUCGAGACGGAAAGAGGACGGAAGGAAGAAUGCCACCGUUUAUGGAGUAUGCAGUGAUGGCGUCGAGUUCUACUUCCUCCGAAUUGAUAACGAUUCCAAGUAUUCGAGGAUUGGUACAGGCCUCGACUGGAACUGGGGGAAAUCUUCUGAUAUCGUAUCUCACAUACGAAACAUUAUACGUUUGGCUCUUGAGGUCACGCCAACAUCCACACCUACAAGGCCCUGA